AUGCGCGGUGGUGGGCAGGGCGGGGUACACACCGGGCUGGCCGGCGCCUGCCCUCGCCCUUCCCCGGCUCAGGUUGUCUUACUCCUGCACCCCUCCUGUGUUGCUGCAAUGACUGGAAAGUCCCUGCUCUUAAAGGUCAUUCUCCUGGGGGACGGUGGAGUUGGGAAAAGUUCCCUCAUGAACCGUUAUGUCACCAACAAGUUUGACUCGCAGGCUUUCCACACCAUAGGGGUGGAGUUCUUAAACCGCGAUUUGGAAGUGGAUGGACGUUUUGUGACCCUCCAGAUUUGGGACACAGCAGGGCAGGAGCGUUUCAAGAGCCUGCGAACCCCCUUUUACAGAGGAGCAGACUGCUGCCUGCUUACCUUUAGUGUAGAUGACCGCCAGAGCUUCGAGAACCUGGGCAACUGGCAGAAGGAGUUUGUCUAUUAUGCAGAUGUGAAGGACCCUGGCCACUUUCCAUUUGUGGUCCUGGGCAACAAGAUAGACAAACUUGAGAGGCAGGUGACCACAGAAGAGGCCCAAGCAUGGUGUUUAGAAAAUGGGAAUUACCCUUACCUGGAAACCAGUGCCAAGGAUGACACCAAUGUGGCAGUGGCCUUUGAGGAAGCUGUGCGGCAGGUGCUGGCUGUGGAGGAGCAGCUGGAGCAUUGCAUGUUGGGGCACACCAUUGACCUGCACAGCAGUUCCAAAUCAGGAUCUUCAUGUUGUUAG